AGAAACCCGAGAAUGGAUGAAGGCGAGGGAGGGUACGGUGAGGGUGGGGAUCCCAUGGAUCAGUUCCACCGUAACGAAGCUAUAUCCGCUGUUGCCGACGAGGGUUUCUUGGCCGAGGAAGACGACGAUUACGAGGACCUUUACAACGAUGUCAAUGUUGGCGAAGGGUUCCUUCAAUCUUUGCGCAAGAACGACGAUUUAGGGCUUCGAAAUGACGAAGUUGACGACAAGAAGCCGCAGCCAACUCAGGAUCCCGGUGGGAUUUCUAUACCAGGUGUCGGUGGCAACAGUGGUGCCGGUGAGGGUAGUGGUACCGCCGGCGGGGUUGUAGAAUCGAGGGUUCCUGGGAGAGUUGAUGGGGUUCAGAAUCAGGGGUUUAGAGGGGAUGAGGUGGGUGUCAAAGUGGGGAUUAGGGUUGAAUUAGGGCAUCAAUCUGGGAAAUUGAGUGAGAUUGAGGAGCAGGGUGGAAAUGAUAAUGUUGGAGUGCAGGGGACUGGGCAGCAACAGCAUGGUGAAGUUAUUGGGAGUGUUGGAAACGAGGGUUUGGUUAGGCAAGGUGGUGGUGGUGGAGGUGGAGGUGGAGGUGGAGGAGGGAAUCUCAAUAGGGCUGGUGGAAAUGGGGUUGGGAACAGUGUAAAUGCUGUUGGUAGUGUUAAUACUGGAGGAGGUGGAGGUGGAGGUGGAAUUGGUGUCGGUGCAGGUGUUGGUGCUGCUGUGGCUGCAGGUGGUGGUGCUGGUGGUGGCACUAUAUUAUUUGUCGGUGAUUUGCACUGGUGGACUACGGAUGCUGAGCUGGAAGCUGAGCUUUGUAAGUACGGGACUGUGAAGGAGGUAAAGUUUUUUGAUGAGAAAGCUAGUGGGAAAUCGAAAGGGUACUGCCAGGUUGAGUUUUAUGAACCUUCUGCUGCAACUGCUUGUAAGGAAGGGAUGAAUGGGCAUCAGUUUAAUGGGAGACCGUGUGUUGUUGCUUAUGCAUCCCCUUUUACUGUUAAGAAAAUGGGAGAGGCUCAGAUAUCUAGGAAUCAACAGGUUACCCAAUCUGGAGUUUCCCAGGGAAGGAGGGGGCCUGCUGAUGCAGGAGCUAAGCCUGGUGGUAGUAAUGUUGCGACUGGUGGUAACUACCAAGGUGGGGAUGGAAACAGAGGUUAUGGAAGAGGUAGCUGGGGGCGAGGGAAUAAUCCUGGGAUGGGGAAUAGGGGGCCGGUUAAUCCAAUGAGGAAUAGGGGCGGUGGGAUGGGCGGUAGAGGUAUUAUGGGCAAUGGUGGAAAUGGAUUUGGACAGGGUAUUGGUGCUGCCCCGCCUUUGUUGCAUCAUCAGUCAAUGAUGAAUCAGGGUUUUGACCCUGCAUUUGGUGGUCCAAUGGGUAGAAUGGGCGGCUAUGGAGGCUUUCCUGGGGGUCCGACACCUCCAUUCUCUGGGAUUUUGCCUUCAUUUCCAGGUGUUGGUUUGCCUGGAGUUGCACCUCAUGUUAAUCCAGCCUUUUUUGGAAGAGGGAUGCCUGUGAAUGGUAUGGGGAUGAUGCCAACAUCAGGUAUUGACGGUCCUAAUAUGGGAAUGUGGUCGGAUCCAAAUAUGGGUGGAUGGGUUGGUGAAGAGCAUGGUGGUGGCAAGGCUGGAGAGUCAAGUUAUGGGGAGGAAGCUGCAUCAGAUCAUCAGUAUGGUGAGGUGAGCCAUGAUAGAGCUGGGUGGCCUAAUGCUAUGAGGGAAAAAGAUAGAGGAUCGGAAAGGGACUGGUCUGGUUCUUCGGAGCGAAGGUAUAGGGAUGAUAGAGAUCAAGGAUAUGAGAGAGAGGCACCUAGAGAAAAAGAUAUUGGCCAUGACCAUGAAUGGUCAGAAAGAAGGCAUCGAGAUGAUAGAGAAGUGGGCCGUGAACGAUCUCGAGAUCAUGAUCGUGAACGAUCUCGUGACCGUGACCGCGAAAAGUCUCGGGAUAGAGACCGUGAGCGUGACAGGUACAGGGAAGACAGGGACAGGUAUGCAGAUCAUCAUAGGCACAGAGACCGCGAAGCAGAGCACGAGGAUGAGUGGGAGAGGGGAAGGUCUUCAAGGACUCACAGUAAAUCACGAUUAUCACAAGAGGAGGAACGCCAUUCAAGACCAAGAGAUGCUGAUUAUGGGAAGAGGAGGCGGCUUACCUCGGAAUAACUAUAUAUGCUGCUUAUUUGUUCUCUGAAUACUUUCCAUUGAGGAAGGAAUGAACAUUAACUGAGUAGUCAGGAUUUGUCAUGGUUGUUUGAAUUCUCUCGUUGUUGCUCCUUUGGCCCAGAAGUUGAUGAGCAGCUGUUUUAUUUCAAUCACUUGUUCUAGUUGCUUCUUGUUAGGAGCAUGGUUUCUUUCUCCUGUGAAAAAGGAACAAUUGUUUUGAGAAAGCAAACUGUUCAUUCAAACUCUGGGCUGCUUUGGGGACCAAAUGCCUUCGAUAUUGGUGAUUCAAGUCAUGUCAAUCAUUUUCUUACGUUGAGAAGUGGAACUUCUGCUAUGAAGUUAUUAGCUUUUGAUUUGCAUUUAUGUUUUUAGUUAUUAGCACAUGAUUAAACCAACGAUGUUGAUGUAAUGGGAUUAACUUCCUGAAGUCUGAAAUGUGGCAGACUGUUUAGAACUUACUGUUUGAAUGAUGUACUAGGAUUUAGCAGAGGAUGUUGGUAAUGUGCCGUUUUUUAUUGGCUCGCUGUUGUAUCAUUUUUUUUUCCCACUUUUGUUUUUUUGAUGUUUUCUCCCUAACAUUUUGUUAGUAGCGGUUGAGCAUGCAAAUAUUGUGUACGAAGUAGAGAGCUAACCAUUCAAUCCCUGUAAUUAUUCAA